AUGUCUAAUCUUUAUAAGAUAGAAAUUGAUAAUACUAUUUCUUGUUUACAGGAAAAAUGUACAUAUAAAAACCGUAAUCCCAAUAUUAAACAUGAGAGUAUUUUACGACAUUAUCGUAGAUGUCAUAAAGAUAUCUAUAAACCAUAUUCUAGAUCUUUGAAUAAAAUUAAAUUUAAAGAGAAAAAAUAUGAAGAAAUGGAGAAUUUAAGUUUUCUUGGAGUGGAAGAAUUUAAACAAGCUAUUAUUCGUGCUAAUGAUGAUCUUAUUCAGGAGCUUCAAAAAUGCAUAUUUACAUCAAUUCAGGUUUAUAAAGAGAAAUUGAAAAAAUAA